GCGCAGGCGAUGAUCCGCUCAGUCAAUUAACGGCUCCCACCUCGGCCACCGGGCGACGUCAUCAGUGCCCAAUCCAAUCCAAUCCAUUCCGUUUCGAUACGAUUCGAUUUCGGUUUGGCAAUCGUCUGGAGGUAAACAGGCAUAAAUCGGACGCUCUAGCGUAAACAAAACACAGCAUUCGGGGCAGAUAGGCCAGGAGAACGCAGAAACAGAGAUCCGCAGUCGAGAAUGUCUCUUCGAAUGGCGCAGUUCUGGCUUGUGGGAGUCCUCCUCGUCCUCUCGACCCUCCACUGCUCGUGGGGAUACCACGAGGAGACGCACUACCCCUGUGCCUUCAUCGACACAGCCAACAUCACGGGAAGCUACGGCUUGGACGGUCCCUACGUCCACAACUGGACAGUGAUUCCCCGCCAUUUCGUGGCCGUCUAUGACUUUGUCAUCGAAAACGGCAUCCGCAUUCCGGCAGCCAAGCACCUGAGGGCCUGCGUCUGUAAGACCAAGCCAUGCGUCCGGAUCUGCUGCCAGGAGGGUGAGAUCUAUGACCUGGAGAGGAGGCAAUGUUCAGUUCCAGGCGUCAGCUCUGUUCCCUCCCAGAGCCACAUGGAGGUGGAGCUGAGGAACGGCAGCCUGAGGGAUGUGGAACUGCAACCGCUCUUCAGCAUCCACGUGGAAACGCCGUGUGACCACAUGAAGACCGUCACCAAGGGAUCGGAGUUCGUUCACUGGACACUUCACGAGAACGGAACCAUCAGCCAUCGAGGCCACAUAUUCUCGAAGCACUAUUGCUUCACUCCGCUGCUCCACGGGAACUCCAGCUGGGAGUGGCAGCCCCUGGCCUGUGCCCCCGAGAAACUACACUUCGUGCUGGGCGUGCGGGAGUGGACCUACGCCAUAUGUCUGCUGAUUGCCAUCCUAUCCAUGUUCAUCGUGCUGAUGGUCUACCUCAUGUGCUCCGAGAUGCGCAACAGCUUCUACGGUGUGGCCAUAAAGGCCUAUGCCGUCUGCAUGAUCUUGGGCUAUGCCCUGCUGGCCUAUCUGACCCUGCACAACCCGGCGAACAUCUCGAAUGCAGCGUGUCGUAUUCUACCCAGCCUGACGCUGAUGUACUUAGUCCUGUCCUUCUACAUCCUGAGCUUCAUCGCAUUCAAGCUCUACUUGAGCUUCCACGGCGUGGUCUUCACGAAGCUAAUGUUUUGGCUUAUUUUCACCCCCAUCGUACUGAUCGCCGUGGGCUGGUCCUUCUUCGUGGGCUUCAGUUACUACGGCACCCGGCUGAUCUUUGGCGGCGACACGUGUUGGUUUGAUCCUCGUAAUUGGUCCAUUAUGAUCUACCUGUAUGCCCCCAUUUUCGUUGCCUGCGCCAUCAGCGGGUUUUUCUAUAUCCUCAGCCUGAUUUACAUCAGCGAGCAGCCUGAAAUCGAGACCGACAAGAGCUUCGAGUCCGUCGAGAACAACCGCUUCAGGUCCUUCUGGAAAUACGUGGGCUACACGGCGCUGGUGUGGCUCGUCUGCGUCUGCUCCUUCGCCUUCAACUACUACCGCGAGAACCGAUCGCAUCUUAACUACGCCGUCAGCUUCUGCAUGGCCUUCCAUGGCUUCGCGGCCCUCUACGCCCUCAUUGGCAAGAACCAGCAGAUCCAGAACUUCUUGCGCCGCAUAGACAAUGAGGAGGACACCUGUGAGAACUCCGUCCCUUUGUCGAGUUUCGGUUGAAAUUGAAACAGUUUUGUGGCCACUGUCCAGAUUUAGUGCAACUGAAAGCAAUGCCAGCAACCUCUGAGCAAUGGUUCGAAAACCUCUUCUUAUUCUAGACACGAACCGGAGAUUUGGAAGGCAGAGAUGUGUAAAAUACGUGUAAAAUGUGUAA